AUGGGCCUUAGCCUCCUCCUCCUCCUCCUCCUCCUCCUCGGCGGCGGCGGCGGCGGCGGCGGCGGCGGCGGCGGCGGCGGCGGCGGCGCGCGCGCGCGCGCGCGCGCGCGCGCGCGCGUGGUGCAGAGAUCGAAUCAUGACCAGGCUCUAUGUAUCCUCGGCGGGACACACGUAAUGAUUCUCGGCGACUCCAUCUCGCGCUACUUCACGUACCAGUUCAACAACUUCCUCAUCAACGGCGAUGACACGUGGUACGACGACCUCGAGGACGAGGCAUCGGAGAUCAAUGAGGGUGACGUUCUCAUCGUCAACAGCGGAUGCAGUGACGAUGUGAGCGACUUCUACCGCGACUCCGACUGUCUUGAUUCGUACGAGACCGACCUCGAAAACCUCGUUGCGGGUAUUCUGCGCUACUUCGUCAACGAUGAUGACAAGGCCGUUGUCUGGCGCAUGACGACGUGCUGCGGUGUCGACGACAGCGAUCUGGGCAACCAGCGCAUCGGCGCAAUCGCCGUCGGGGCCAUGAACACCAUUGCGGACAAGGUCCUGCGCCAGAUGGAGGAUAUCGAGGUCCGCUCGGGGCCAGCGCAGCUCGCAUCCGUCGCUGAAGAGGAUGAGGAGCGCGGCGAGGAGGCUCUCGGCAAGGGCAGCGUAUGCGUGGUUGGCGAGCACCGCAUGCCCUCGGGCAGGCUACCCGCGGGCACGACGCUCGAUUCAGAAAACCCAGACCUCUGGGCCUUCAUCAUGGCCCUGCUCUUCCUGGUCUCACUCCUAAACGUUGAGGUGCUCGAGGAGGGCACCGAGGUCUUCCUGAGCCGUGCCCAGGCGAACGAGUGGAAGGGCUGGAUGCAGGUCGCCUUCGUCGCGUAUCGGCGCGGCGUCCGCACGCCGUGGAUCGAGUACUACUUUGUCGCCCUCGCAACCGUCCACUUUGUUCUCAUCUGGGUCUCGCUCGCUAUCGCGCGCGUGAUCGGAACUCUUGUUGGCUGGGAGAAGCCCGACAAGAAAGAGCAUCGCGAGGCAUGCUACGCAGAGAAGGCCCUAGGCUGCGCCCUUAUGAUCGGUCUCUGCUGUAUCAUCUGGCUGGACCCCCACAAUGACGGCAAGGGAGUUUAUGAUGUCCUUCUCCGCCCCUGGCUCCUCGACAUUGACGGCGAGCACUACUUCGAGUGGUACUUCUGGAUGCGCACGAAGAUGGAUUUUCUCUCGAGCGUACCUGGCCUCUGCUUCGCCGCUGUCUACACGCCUUUCCGAGAUGCGUGGCCCUUUGGCAUCUCGCGUCUUGCACGCUGGGGCAUGGGCGCCUGCGCUAGCACCCUCAUCGCCCUGGCCAUCUGGGUCAGCCAGCUGCCCCAGUAUUGUUGCGACGGCGGCGCCGACUACCGUUCCGUCAAUCCCUACGUGGGCACGCUCUGGAUCCCGUACAACAAGAUCUGCGGGGAGGAAUUUAUGGUUUUUAUUUCCAAGCCCAAGAGGGGCUCGAGGCCCACUCGAGCCCUGCGCGGCGCCGCGCGCGACGCCGCGCCCGUCGAGGGCAUGGUUCGGCAGAAGAAGGCGAAGAAGACCAAGGCAGCGAAGAACGACACAGCAUCGAAACCUCAGCCUUCGAAAGCGUUGCGGGAGCGCCUGCGCCGAAAAGGCUACAAGAGCGACCUCCCCGGCGUCGAGACGCGCGACAAGGUGGAGUGGCACACCUUGCUGCGUGAGACACUGCCGGACGCGCUGCCGCAGACCAAGCAGCGACAGCCGGUCCUCGUCGGCGGCACGACCAUCGAANAGAUCAUCGAGAGCGCGAACGCCUUCGCGGAAGCGCCGCGNGCGCCGCCGACGACCACUCUGGAGCGCCUGCGCGCGCUCGACAUCAAUGCCUUCCUCGAGAAGAUCGGGGCGCCGCAGACGUCGCGCGCGUCCAUGCGCCGGGCGUGGUCCUUGAUCCGGCGGAACCGCCUGACAAACGCGACGAGCAUGACCAUGCAGCGCGGCGCCGCGGACUCCGCCGACGGCUCGGGCCCGAGCACGCCGCAGGCCAUGCUCGAGGUCGAGCGCGUCGCCGGCGACCUCAGCGAGGAGUCGCGCCGCCUCGUCCGCGAGACGAUUCGCGAGCGGCGCCCGGUGGAGGCCGCCUCCGUCCGGCAUCGGCGAGAGGGCGGCCUCCUGGACCUCGACGGCGCGAGGGAGCAGCAAGGCCUCCUCCGGCGCCUCCAGACCAUGUCCGUGGCCGACGCGUCUCCCGAGGCGCCGGCGGAGCCGCCGCGGUCGAACGUCGGCGUCGCCACGUGGCGCGUCGAGUCCGACCACGCCUACGUCCUCAGCCCGAACGAGAAGCAGAAGAUGAACCGCGCGCGUGCCGCCCCUCGGCGCGAGCCCCUCUCCCCGCGACCAGCCUCUAUUACGCGCAGGAAUCUGCUGUGA